ACCCAUGCCCAUUUCUUUGACCCCUCCCUUCCCGUUUACCAUCUUCUUGUGAAGAGUUGAAGAUCAGAAAAAUGAAUAAACAGAUGAAAAGAGAAAUGAAAGCCUAAAAGUAUCUCAGAUCUAUAAACAUGAACAUAAAGAACUUGAGGUUUUAUAUAUCUAAUGAUGAACCGUGUAAAAAGUUGUAGUCACAGCCUACCCAACCCCCACCGGCCGCCAUCGCCGCCUGCACCUUCAUCAAAACAGCCGCCGCUUCACCGGUCCACCACUUUCUUUCACCAAAGCCACCACAACUUUUAUAGCUGAUCAUCACCUCACUUCAUCCCACCAUAAAAAAGUUCUAUUGCCCACUGCUCUUAUUCACCAUCUCCAAUGGAGACCCACCAUGAAAUUCAAUCAAAACCCACCGCUUUCACCACUAUUAUAGUUGCUAUCAAAACCCACCAUAAUCUAUGGAACAAAAGGACUGCGGUAGACUGUAAAUUGCAGAUAGAUUUUCAAUAGAUGUUGGAACAGAAAAGAGGGGUGGGGUCAUGUUGAAACAGAAAAGAAAAAGAAUGAGAAAAAUAACAUGAAUAAAGUAGGCGUAUAUUUGGACCGAAAGUAGAAAUGGGUAUAAACUAGACUAAUUUUCGAUAGUAAAGGGACAAUUUUGACCUUUUUCCCUUGAAUUUGCCGGCCUAAAACUCGUUAAAAAGGGAAAGCUCCAACCAAUUUUUUUCCGGUUAACCGAGACAAUACUGAAAUCUGUGCAUAAACUAUUCGGAACAACGUUCAUUGUGUUGGAAUAUCUGAUGUUCUUCUGAGCAACAUGCCCAUCACCCAAUCUUCCUUAGAUCCUAUGCCAAAUGGCAAAGAAGACAUUUUUAUUUCAAAAUCUCAUUACUUGCAACCUCUUUUCACUCCCAGACUCUACACCGCUCGCAAAGAUUCUAGACUCUUGCAUCAAUUCAAAGUCCCAACAUGUCGUACGCGCUGUCCAUGGCCGUAUUCUGAAGACCCAUUUCAGUUCAGAGGUCUUCAUCAACAACAAGCUUAUUGACGCUUAUGGGAAAUGUGGUGAAUUGCAGUGUGCCAAGAAGGUGUUUGAUAAAAUGCCCCAAAAGAACACCUUCACUUGGAACUCAAUGAUAAAUGCUUAUACGGCAUCAAGAAUGCUUGUUGAGGCCGAGGAAGUCUUUUACUUAAUGCCUGAGCCUGAUCAAUGCUCUUGGAACUUGAUGGUGUCAAGCUUUGCACAAUGUGAAUUGUGUGAUUCGUCAAUAGAGUAUUUUGCGAGAAUGCACAAAGAAGAUUUUGUUUUGAAUGAGUAUGCUUAUGGUAGUGGUUUAAGUGCUUGUGCAGGGUUAAGGGACUUGAAAAUGGGAACUCAGAUUCAUGCCUCGGUUGCUAAAUCCAAGUAUUCAAACAAUGUUUACACGGGUUCUGCGCUUAUUGAUAUGUAUGCGAAAACGGGUAAUGUGAAUUGUGCAACAAAGGCGUUUAAUGAGAUGAGUGAGUGUAAUGUGGUGUCGUGGAAUAGUUUAAUUUCUUGUUAUGAGCAAAAUGGGCCAGCAAGCAAGGCACUUGAGAUAUUUGCUAGGAUGAUGGACUUUGGGUAUAAACCGGAUGAGAAGACUUUGGCAAGUGUAGUAAGUGCUUGUGCGAGUUUGGGUGCAAUAAGAGAAGGUAAGGAAAUUCAUGCCCGGAUUGUGAAGUCGAAUAAGCUUAGGGAUGAUCUUAUUAUAUGCAAUGCAUUGGUUGAUAUGUAUUCAAAGUUUGGGCGAAUUGAUGAAGCUAGGUGGAUUUUCGAUAAGAUGCCAGUCAGAAGCGUGGUGUCACACACCUGUUUAGUAAGUGGUUAUGCGAGAGUUGCAAGUGUGAAGACUGCAAGAGCCAUGUUUUCAGGGAUGAUUGAAAGGAAUGUUGUGUCUUGGAAUGCUCUUAUUGCUGGAUACACACAGAACGGGGACAAUGAGGAGGCAUUAAAUCUCUUUCUUAUGCUAAAAAGAGAGUCUAUUUGGCCAACUCAUUAUACAUUUGGGAAUCUCCUCAACGCAUGUGCAAGUUUAGCUGAUCUGAAGCUUGGCAGGCAGGCUCAUGCACAUAUUUUGAAGCAUGGAUUUAGUUUUCAGAAUGGACCUGAGUCUGAUGUCUUUGUGGGAAAUGCUCUCAUAGACAUGUAUAUGAAAUGUGGAUCAGUUGAAGAUGGUAGCUGUGUAUUCACCAAAAUGCUGGACAGAGACUGGGUUUCGUGGAAUGCCGUAAUAGUUGGAUAUGCACAAAAUGGGCAUGCUAUUGAAGCUCUUGAAACUUUCAAGGUUAUGUUGGUAUACGGAGAGAAGCCAGACCAUGUGACUAUGAUUGGGGUUCUUUGUGCUUGUAGUCAUGCAGGAUUGGUUGAGGAGGGGCGUCAACAUUUCUAUUCCAUGAGCACAGAGUAUGGGUUGUCACCGUUGAAGGACCACUACACAUGCAUGGUCGAUUUACUUGGCAGGGCUGGCUGCUUAGCAGAGGCAAAGGAUUUGAUUGAAUCCAUGCCAAUGUCUCCUGAUAGUGUGGUAUGGGGGUCUUUGCUUGCUGCAUGUAAAAUUCACAGGGAAAUUGAGUUGGGAAAGUAUGUGGCUGAGAAGCUUCUGGAGAUUGAUCCUACAAAUUCUGGCCCCUAUGUUCUUCUAUCAAACAUGUAUGCUGAACAGGGGAGAUGGCAAGAUGUCAAAAUGGUCCGAAAACUUAUGAGAGAGCGUGGCGUUGUUAAACAGCCUGGUUGCAGUUGGAUUGAAAUAGAAAGCCAGGUUCAUGUUUUCAUGGUAAAAGAUAGGAGACAUAUGCGGAAAAAAGAGAUAUAUCUGACAUUGAAUACACUAACUAAACUGAUGAAGCUCUCUGGCUAUGUCCCGAAUGUUGGUCAUUUGACUGCUGAUGAGGAGCAGGCCAUGUCAGAUUCUUCCUCAUCUGAAGAAUUGGAAGAGCCUAUACUUGCUGCCGUUGCAUGAUGUUCAAAGUGACUUAUGGAAAAUGCCAUCUUCCGGUACCUCUCUAUAGAGACUAGAGAGUAUACAAAAGAUUCAUAUAGUCAAUCCCAACUAAUUUGAGAGUGAAAUGCAGUUGGUUAAUUUUUUUAUGUAUCCCAGCCCAUCUGCCCAGGAAGACAGAGGCAGAAACACAUUAGCAAAUGUAAUUUACUGAAAUGUCAUCAUAACAUUUCUUACUUAACGAACAUCACAUGUUCAUCUUUCCUAUAUCACUUUUUCUUUCCCUUGAACUAGUCUGUUUCGGUUAGACUGCAAAAGAUUGUUACCACCUUUGCAAGCAGCUUGAGUUACCAGUUGAUCUCAUUAUUUGAACUUGGAAGAAAUCUAAUCUGUAUACUGUAAAGCCUUUGUAAAAGUACAUUGUGUAGAUUACAACGCAGCUUGCUUUGUAUUUAAUUCUCUGUACAUGGAAUUUUGCUUA